AUGGAGAAGGUGAACAUCGAGCCAUGUGUGAAGAUGGACACCCAAACCCUUGACCUUCUCAAGAUAAGAGAUGAUGUCACAUGGUACAUAAGGAAGCUAGGCUUGAGCAAGCUCUUCAAGCUAGAUGUAGUGAGUACUCACAACUCACCAAGGAGUACAGUAGCUCUUGCCUUUCCCAACCACAAUGGAGACCAACCAGCUGGUGAUGGACUCCUACUCUUCAAGAUAGGCGAUGCCAAUGGGCGCAUCUCCAUCUCAGCUCUAUGCCAACUCUUUGGACUUCCCAAUGAGACAGCACAUGACUUCAAGGAGAACUCAAAGAGGAAACAAGCUGCCUUUGCUGAUUGGACACACUUUGCCAAUGAACCAUUCUUGCCUUCAAGGUCAAAGGUGUCUAGAAUCACCAUCCAGCCAUUCGCUAUGUGCACCGCCUCAUCUCCACCACUUUCCAAUGCAAACAAGAAGCCAACAAGGAAGCUAGCUCAAGACUUGGAAGGCAACAAGAAGCUUUGUGUUCGUUUUGGGAGGCUUAUCACGGCCAUAGUACUGCAUGUGGGGAUUGACAUUCCCAACUAUGAGCCACUACCCAAGCCAACCCCUUUGGAUCUCCAUGCUCUUCAGCACAUCCACUUCCUAAACCGUUGGACUAAAGACCCAACUCGGUUUUGCUAUGAGUUUCCAAUUGGUCCAGCCAACACUUCCCUUGUCUUGCUGCCACAUGAGACAUCCCAAGCCUACGCUCAGGUUCAAGACUCAACGCCGCCACCAAGAACGCCAUGUUCUCACUACUGGCAUGGCGCGCACCAAGCUCUAGACCGUGUUAACAAGCUGGAGAAGAUAGUGGAAUGCCAAUCUCGCUUCAUCUCACGCCUAGUUCGUGUAGUUCGCCACAUUGCACCGGAGAGACUCUUUCGCCCUUCUUCCACCGCUAGAGAGCCAUAUGAGCCUGACCUUGGUGAGUUCUCACUAGACUCAGAGCUUGGUUCAGAAGGCGAUGACCCCAUAGAUGAGGAAGAGAGUUCUUCUCACUGCCACACAUAG